GCAAAGCUCCCCCACCGCAUCUCUGCACAGAGGAUUCAGCUUCAGGAGGGCCUUCGUCAGCGGAGACUCCUGCCAAGGCCAAGCCGCCCCCGGCCUGUUUCGCUCCCACGGCCAACCCAUCCGGGCAGAUGACAGCGCCACCCUCGCACAUGCAGGAGCAGCGUGCCCCUUCGCCGGACCGCGGUGGAGGCACCACUGCAGCUUUCUCCAAGGCCCCUCCGCCUCCGUUGGUGGAACCUCAGGCCGAAAGAUCGCCAGAAGGUGGUCAGGUCUCAGCCAAGGCUCCGCCACCGGGCCUUCUG